GAAAAUCUAUUUUGCAACACCAUAGCAUGAACCACAACUGUUAUUUGUCGAAAAUUGGUCUCAUUCGAGAAGGAUUAGGCCUAAACUGUGGUGUUAUUGAGCCGUCAGACAUUUGCGAAGCUGAUCACAGUGAGCUUUGGGAAGCAAUGAAAGGCGGCUCCAAGGCAGCGGUUAAAGAAGUUGCUGCUAAGAACCCGGGUUUCAAGGCAUCCAAGAUUGGUGGCGCAAAGGCUGCGGUGAAAGAUGAGGCGGCUAAGAAAGACGGUUCAAAGGCUACAAACAAAUCUGCUACAAUGGCUGGGAAUAAGAUGAAGAUGAAGUCUAUUAUCCAAGAAGACGAUGUCGUAGAUGUUACUGACCAAGUUCAAGAUGAUGCUCUGAAAAUGGUUUCAAGUUCUGAAGACACAUUCUCGGAUCCUGGACAACAACAUGCUAAUAAGGUACUGAAUGCAACAUUGACAGCAAUGUUAGAGGGAGUAAAGAAUCUAGAUGAGGGUAUGACUGUGGGGAGAAGAGUGCCACAAUUGGCUGGUUCUCAAAAGUACCCGUAUGUUGGUAACUCUACAGUGAAGCGCAUCAUUACGGAUGGAGAGCCUUCUUCCUCGAUACCUGAUCAUCUUAAACCUGUUUCUAACGAGAAAGUUCAUGAACUGUUUGAUUUCCUCGAGGCAGAUGAAGAGGACGAUCUUCUUCAGACUAGUAAUGGAGAUACGAGAUUCUAUUGGCAAAUUUUGACUCUAAGAGAACAGUGGCCACAUGAAAAAUAUGGAUGGUUGAAAGAUUAUCAUAUGGGUGCUGCGAUGGCUAUGUUCCGCAAAAGGUUGAUGCGUGAGCCUUCAGCGUACCCUAAUCAACGAAUAACUUUCUUGGACCAAUACAUGUUGAGGGAGUUGGCUAAAGAUUACAAGCACUUUUCAGGAGGUCGUAAGUGCUUCAAGUUCAGGGAUUUCUUUGCGGAACACUUCAACGGGACAGCUCCAAUUGAAUCAGCUACUCACAGGAAAUGGUACAUCGAUGUUGAUCAUCUUUAUGCUUGCCUCUUUAUCAAUGGGGAUCAUUGGGUUGCUCUUGAUAUUGACCUUCCUAUGAAGAGGAUUAACAUCUACGAUAGCAUCCCACACUUGACCACUAAACCUGAAAUGGCGAGACAAUGCAUGUUUUUGCGAGAAAUGAUCCCUGCCAUGAUGAGUGCUAUGGUACCUGAGAAGAUACGUAAGAAGAGUAAUGCAAGGCUGGAAGUGAAAAGGAUUAAAAAGAAAGUACCGUUGAAUAAAGAUCCCGGCGAUUGUGCUAUCUACACAAUCAAAUACAUCGAGUGUUUGGCUCUUGGGACAUCAUUCGAUGGGCUUUGCGAUGAAAACAUGAAGGCAAUACGUAUUAAACUUGCAGCGGAGCUAUAUGAUGAAGUGAGAGAGACGGCCAGACCGUAUGAGCUUGAUAUGUGUCGUGAAGAAAUCAGAAUCCCUCAACUCGAAGACUCUCCGUAGUUUCUUCUAUUUUAUUUCAUGACAUCUCGGAUUUGUAGGUUGUUAUUGUUUCUUUGUUUCUCAGACCUAAUUCUACUACGUUUUAAACGUCUAAGUACCUUUGU